GGCGGGGGCGGGUCCGGCCGGGAGGCACCUGGGCAGGUUCGGGCCGCGGAAGAGGAGCCGGAGGGCCGCAGGGGCCGCGCCGAACGGCCCGCCACGGACCGACGCCCGACAUGGUGAGCGGGGGGGGGGCGCGGGGAGGGACCCCCAUCCGGCGCCCCGGGGGAGGAGGGGGGCUGGCUCCCACGUGGCAGGGCGGCCACUUCCGGGCCCGGGUGCAAGGGGGGCUGGAUCCUUCCCCGGGAGAGGGGUGUCGCCCCCCAGAGCAGAGGGACCCCCUCUCCUCCUCCCCCCUCCAGAGCAAGGGCGCCUCUGAGCAUGGGCAGACGGCGGGGAGAGCAGCGCCACGGGGGGCUUGGCAGGCGGAAGAGAUCCCCCCCCAAGAAAGACCCCACAGAUCACAGGGCAGGGAUGACCCCCAGCAAGGCUUUGAGUUGCUCACCCCACCCCACAAAACCAGCCGGUCCCCUGGGUGGGGGUCCGCUGCGCCCCCCACCUCUCCCUCCUCGCAGCGCCAAGGGGGGCUUGGCAGGCGGAAGAGAUCCCCCCCCCAAGGAAGACCCCACAGAUCCGCCGCGGCGGCCCCCACGGGGCAAGGGGGUCCCCGGCGGGAGGGGGAGGUGGUUUCCGCUGACCCCCAGCAAGGCUUUGAGUUGCUCACCCCCCACAAAAGCAGCCGGUCCCCUGGAUGGGGGUCCGCUGCGCCCCCCACCCCUUCCUCCCUCCUCGCAGCGCCCAGGGGGUCGAGGGGGUUUCCGGAGCCCCGCCCCGCCCCGCCCCGCCUGCCUCCCUCCCGCUGCCCCCCCCCCCGCCUCUCCCUGGCGCCUCCGCCCCGUCCCCCCCACGUCCCGCCCCACGGGAAAGGCACGUCCUUGUCGGCUUCGCCUGCCAGCUCCUUCCCUCCUCCUGGGCCAUUAGCGGAAUUGGCCGGCGAGGCCUCUGGGGUGGGGAGAGACUGGGGCAAAGGCAGCACUUGUGGGGCAGGAUUUCCGGGUGUGCUUUUUAUCAAGGGCGGGGGGGGGGUCGCUGAUAAAGAAGCAAGGCUAGCUCAGUUCCUAAAGCUCGAGAUUCUGGGUCUCAGGGCUGUGGGUUCGAGUCUCCUGCAUUGCAGCGGGUUGGACUAGAUGACCCUCGGGGUCCCCUUCCAACCCAGUGUGUGGAUUCGGGGUCACCGCCUUUGCCAGGCGUUUUGGGCAGGCCCGGAGGGAAGUGGCGCCUAGUGGGUGUUGCAAAGCCCCUGCUCGCUCCCUCCCACUGCCGGGAGUGGCCGCCUCUUCCUACCUGAGCCGCCCCUCCUGGCUCACCUGUUGAGGCUUGUUGGUGACUCUCCCAGGGAGGAUUUCUCAGCUGCGCUCGACCCGCCUUCCCUCCGACGCACGCAGCUGCCACCAGGAGCGCAUAGUUGCCCUGCGGAACUCCCUGCCACAGGAGCCAAGGCAUGGCUUUAAAGGGCAAAUUCCUGGAGGAGGAGAGGGCUAGCUGUGGCCACGGUUGUAGAUCCCAGUUUCAGGAAACCCCAGGAGGCAAGAGGUGUCCUGCGGAGAUCCUUUUGCCAGAGGGGCUAUGGAAGGGGGGAAGCCUUUAUUAUUAUUAUUAUUAUUAUUAUUAUUAUUAUUAUUUUCUCUCCAGCAAAAAGGGGUGUCAGACAAGUCCGGAAAGGGAGUGGGGCCCGGACUCCUGGGUUCUUUAGGAAGAGGAGGGGGAACCUGGGAAUCUGUGGGAGGGGUCUUUGUGGAUUGGUUUUUUUAAUAUAUGUAUAUUACAUUUUUAAAUUAUUACUCAUUUAUUGUUUACUGGUUUUGUACGCCGCCGUAGAUCUCAGGGCUGUCCGCAGCAUAAAACUACGACAUAAAAACCGCAAAAUGCAUAGUAAAAGUAAGAAUAAGAAGAAACCAAGGACCACUCCCCUAAUUCCCACAACCCUUUUUUUAAAAACCGCCCUGAGAUCUGCGGAGGGAAGGACUGUGGGAAAAUGUAAUAAAUGAAUGAAUUUUUGUUCUGCCUCUGGAGGGGAAAGUUCUGAUCAGCCUCCCUUGGGCUGCUUUAAGGCAGGCUGCGUCUGUGUGGCCCCCCCAAAAAAGAAAUUUUGAAAGGGCCUCAUUCUGUGCUUGCAGGGGACCCCCUUGCUUUGCAGGAUAUAAUUUUCUUGGGAUUUUUUUUGGGGGGGGGGUUGCUGCUUGCUGCAAAAGGAGGUCCCCCCUGACCUCCCCCACCCUCCCACCUCUCCUCUCCGCCCCCCCCCAGAUGCGCUUCAUGCUCCUCUUCAGCCGCCAGGGCAAACUGCGCCUCCAGAAGUGGUACUUGGCCACGUCCGACAAGGACAAGAAGAAGAUGGUGAGGGAGCUCAUGCAGGUGGUCCUGGCGAGGAAGCCCAAGAUGUGCAGUUUCCUGGAGUGGAGGGACCUCAAGGUGGUCUACAAAAGGUGACUCUCGAACCCGCUCCCCACCCGCUGCGACUCCGGGUUGGGCUGGAUGACCCCUGGGGGUCCCUUGCAACACUGCGAUUCUUGGAAGGUGGCGGCCUCUCCACCACUGGAGGUCUGCCAUCAGGGAGCCUUCGGCUGCGACUCCUGUGUUGCAGCGGGUUGGGAUGGAUGACCCCUGGGGGUCCCAUUCCGUCUUGUCCACAAGAGCAUCAGGACAAGGUUUGGAGGCCGGAAACAAGCGGCAGCUGCUUGGAAAAGGCCAGGAGGAAGCAGAGGAGCCUCUGUCUGGCUCCGGGUAGCUCUGCUGGGGAAAAGUGUGUUGCGGGUGCGGUGCCUCCACCGAGAAGGCCCUGCCCUGCUCCUGUUGCAGGAGGUCCCUUGGCCCAAGAGGGGCACCACUUUCUCUGGGCCCCAAGCCCCCACCUUGAAGGGGGUGACCUGGUUGUCGAUUUCUCCUUAGCUGCCCUGGGGUGUGGAUUGGAAAGCCCCCCCAAGCUUUGCUCACUCUGAGUUGGUCCCUGUCCAUUAAGGGGGGGCACUCAUUCUCUCUCUCUUUUGGGGGGGCAGGAACGGAGAAUAAGCAGCCCCCCUCCCUAGGGAAUGAAGGACUCUUAGACCCACAGAUUGCUUUAUCUCAGGCAGGAGUGGGGGGAGCCCCAGACCCAGAGGCUGCGUGUGGCCCCCCAUUCCCUUCUGUGUGGCCCUUGCCAGCUCUCCUUUGUGUUUCUUUGCCCGGCUGAUUCCUUCGAACUCUGCUGGCGUCUCUUUCUUGGCUUCGCAGAGGGCGAAGUCUCAGCAGGAACUACCCCAUUGUACAAUACUAAAAUAUAUAUUUUUAACAGCAACAGCUCCGCCCCCUUUUACCUCUGGCCCCGCCCCCUGGAGUGUGUGGCCCUCAGAGGCUUGCUCAGAAGCGGAAGGUGGCCCUCGGUUUCUCUGUGCUCUGAACGGCCUCGCAGGGCUGUGCUGAAGGGAGAAGCCUUCUGAGCAUAGCUGUCAACUUUCCCCUUUUCUUGCGAGGAAUCCUAUUUGGAAUAAGGGAAUUUCCCUUUAAAAAAAGGAAAACGUUGACAGCUAUGCUUCUGAGACUAAUUAUUGCCCCAUCACUGCUGCUGUGGGGCAGAGGGUGGGGUGGGCAGGUGAACCCCAGGUGACGGCACCUUUCUGUGGGUGCCUGCAGAGAUAGCAUUGUCCUGCAGGGGGCACCCUGAGCUCACCUUGGCUCCUCUGUGGCCAAAGGUUGCCUUUGCAGGUGCGCACGGGGUUAAUAAGGGCCCUGUGCCCCACACACCCCACUUCCGGCCAGCAUAGGUACCUGCUCCCCCCCCUCACCUGGAAAUGGCUGGCCGGUCGCCCCAGGGAGGGCAAGGCAGGCUUGGGUGGUGGUGGGCAGCUGGCGGCCUCUUCAAGGGGGCACGGCGGGGAGGGGGAGGAGGCUGCCCCCCAGGUGAGCGAGGCAGCGGCAGAGCUGGAGUCCUGACCCCCUUUUUCCGCCCUCCUGCCCAGGUACGCCAGCCUGUAUUUCUGCUGCGCCAUCGAGGGCCAAGACAACGAACUCAUCACUUUGGAGCUCAUCCACCGAUACGUGGAGCUGCUGGACAAAUACUUUGGCAGCGUGAGUUGUGGGGAGGGGCUUCUCCUGGGGGUUGGGCUAGAUGACCCUCAGGGUCCCAAUUCUAGGAUUCUGUGACUGCAGAACGCUCUUUUCCUGCUUCUUUGUGGGUGUAAAAAGCACCAGCAUUCCGCCCCCCUCUCUGUAUGUGUGUGUGUGGGGGUACUUUAUCUCAUCUCUCUCCUUUCAGUCCUGAACCCUAGAGCAGAGGUGCUUGGAAUAAUAAUAAUAAUUUAUUAUUUAUUCCCCAGCCACUCUGGGCGGCUUCCAACAAAAGAUUAAAAAUACAAGAAAACAUCAAAAACUUCCCUAAACAGGGCUGCCUUCAGAUGUCUUCUAAAAGUCAGAUACAGUGGACUCUCAGGUUGCAAAUGUGAUCCGUGCUUGAGGCAUGUUCACAACUUGCGUCCGCAACCAGCAGCGCCACGUCUGUGCAUGCGUGGGUUGCGCUUUGGCGCUUCUGCGCAUAUCUGAAGCACGAUUUAGCACUUCUGCGCAUGAUCCAUAACCCAGAAGUAACCUGUUCUGGUACUUCCGGGUUCGGCGUGGUGCGGAACCCAAAAAUGCGCAACCCAAAGCGUCUGUAACCCGAGGUAUGACUGUAAUUGUUUAUUUCCUUAAUAAUAAUAAUAAUAAUUUAUUAUUUAUACCCCACCCAUCUGGCUGGGUUUCCCCAGCCACUUGGGCGGCUUCCAGCACAACACUAAAAUACAAUAACCUAUUAAACAUUAAAAGCUUCCCUAAACAGGGCAUCUGAUGGGAGGGCGUUCCACAGGGCGGGCGCCACCACCGAGAAGGCCCUCUGCCUGGUUCCCUGUAACCUCAUUUCUCGCAGGGAGGGAACCGCCAGAAGACCCUUGGCGCUGGACCUCAGUGUCCGGGCAGAACAAUGUAUACUUCAGAUAUACUGGGCCUUUGAGGCCGUUUAGAGCUUAGAAUAAUAGGAUCGUAGAGUUGGAUUAAGCACUGCAUGAGACGUCAGACAUUAAAAGCAUGCGGAAUCCCAGCAGGAGAGCCCUGUGUUUUCCAGCGACUCGUACCCAGAAGCUUUGCUGUCUCCAAUUGUCUUGUUCUCUUCUGAAGCCAACCGAGUUGUUGGGUGUCGCUGUCUCCAGUGGCAGGGAGUUCCGCAGUUCCACUCUGCACCAGAAGUUUUCUCCAUCCUGAACCUUCCAACGUUCAGCUCCGUUUAAGCUGAGGCAGUUGGGGGGCUCCUGGCAGAUCUGGGGAGGGGGUUCCUAAGAGGUCCUGGGCUCCCCGCCCCCUGCCCCCCCAAAAGCAGAGUUUCCGACCCGCGGGGAGACAGGAGGGCAGAGGCCAAACCCCGCCGCUAAUUACUCUUGCUGUCAUUUUGAUUCCUUAAUCCGCCCCCCCCCACUUCCCUGCCCCAUAGAAAGCCUCCCUCCAGCCUCCCUCUCCUAAGCCUGCUCUUAGACCCACAAAAUCCAGCUAAGCAUGCCUGCUAAUUGGGCUUAACGAGGGCUUGGCAGCCGCCCCAGCUAAUUCCUGCUGCUAAUGCGCCAGAGCCGCUUGCCUCCCCCCCCCCCCCCAGGAAACGCAGCCAGAUUGGAGGGUCAGGAUCCUGGGCAUAGCUGUCAACUUUUACCUUUUCUUACGAGGAAUCCUAUUCGGAAUAAGGGAAUUUCCCUUUAAAGGGGGGAAAUUGAUGGCUAUGAUCCUGGGAGCAGUUGGUGUGUUGGGGGCCCCUGCUUGGUUCUCACGCCCCCUUUCUCCCCCCCCCCGACAGGUGUGUGAGCUGGACAUCAUCUUCAACUUUGAGAAGGCCUACUUCAUCCUGGACGAGUUCCUGAUGGGGGGGGAAGUUCAGGACACCUCCAAGAAAAGCGUCCUCAAAGCCAUUGAGCAGGCGGACCUCUUGCAGGAGGUAGAGGUGGGCCCCUGCAUGGGGGUCCUGCAUGCCUGAACUGGGGGGGUGGUGGCAAGGACUGGGGGGGCCCUUCUCCCUGCACCCCCAAAGACAAACCAUACACUUCCCUCCAGCUGUGGGGCCAAGCAACCUGCUGUUGCUGCCGCCCUGGACAUGCCUGGUUUCUGUCUGUUUCCGCAGAGGAAUUUUUUUUGGGGGGGGUGUUGCUGCUGGAGGAGCCCCCCAAGAUAGCUGCCUUCCUGGCUGCUGCGGUGGCUGCUUUCUGCAUGCAAUGAGUCACCGGCAGCCAUCGCUCCCUCUCUCUGCAGUGGGCGUGAGCGACUCAGCUGCCUGCCGCUGGGGCCGAGUGCAAAUCCUCAGGGUGGGGAGGAAGGAGACGCAGCAGCCUUGGCACCCCCAGCCGCUGCCACCCCCCAAAGAAAAACCCCCUGCAUGGUGGACGUUGGCACACCUGGAACCCCCAAGCCCUUAGAAUGGAAAAAGACCUUGUUAGUUGCUCUACGGGGCGUCAAGAGCACCUCUGAGCAAGCGCAGAAAGCCUUCCCUCCCCCGGGAAGUGUCGGGGUAGUGGUUGGGCUGGGGGUCUUAUGGGGAGGGGGGCUGGCUGCUUCCCCCCCCCCACUUCCCGCUCCCCUCCUCUGAACCCGCCUCCCCUCUGCUUUUCUCCCUGAUAUAGGAAGACGAGUCGCCCCGGAGCGUUUUGGAGGAGAUGGGCUUGGCGUAGACUUGGGAUCGUGAGCCGGCUCCCCCCCCCUGCCCCUGCCACUGUCCCUCGCGCCCCUUUGCCCCCCCCACGCAGUGGGGCUGAGAGCCUGUGGGGGCCACGCAAGCUCUGCAGGCGGCCCCCUGGCCAAGGAACCUGCAAACCGCACGAUGUAAAUACUGAACCACCAGCUGGGGGUUGGGGGUGCCCUGCGUCAGAGUGUUGGGGGGGGGCAAGGAGGCAUUUUGCCCCCGCCUGUUGGGGGGCAGAGAGAGAGAGAGCGCAGCGUGAAAUUCAGGGGCACCGAAUAAUCUCCAUUCUCCAUCUUUUUUUCUGUGCCCCUCCAAACUCUCCUACUUCUCCUACCGCCCCCCCCCCAGCACCACCAGUCUGUUCACACCAGCAACGUGGCACUUCCUGCCGCCCCCAAACCUGUGACUCACCCGGGCAGCAUGUGACGGAUCCCGGGGGGGGGGGGAGCGGCAGCAGCGCCUCUGCCUUCUUCCCUCCUUUUCCCUCUUUCUCAUUUUUUUUGUUGGGGGGGGCAGGCACCCCACAUGCAUGUGGGGCACGUGGACGCAGGUAGCCGGAGAUUUGGAGGAGCCUGCCGUUUGGAAGACCAGCAGCCCCCUCCCCCAGACUUUGGGUGCCUGUAUUCCCUCCCCCUCUGCUCCCCCCACAGCCCCUUUCCAAUAAGGCAUGAUCUUUCCGGACCCAAGGUGUGAGUGCGAGUGUCUUCUCUGUUUUGGAAUAAAGCGUGUGAGGAAGACGGUG